UCCCCAGAGUUUACUACUUUUUUAUAUUUUUUAUAUUUUUUAAAAUUUAUAUUUUUCGAUUUUCAGCAGACUACAAAGCUUUGGGUAGAAUUUCCCAAAGCUUUGAACCCUUCUUGGGAUUUUGAUCCACCCGAGUCGUCUAAAGGAGAUAGAGGUUCUCUGCCACUCACAGAUUCUGAUGGGUGGCGAUAAAAGGAACAGAGUAUUUGCAUUGACGGCCUUGCUCAUUCUGGGUUUGUCUGUAACCUUCCCAUGUUGUUUCUCGGCAGCCAAUCAGCCCCAGACCAAGAAAAAAUCGGCCCAAGCGAAUAAAUUUGGUUCUUCAGCUGUUUUUCCUCUUCAUGGAAAUGUGUAUCCUCUUGGGUACUACUCUGUGUCCAUCAACAUAGGCUACCCAGCCAAGCGCUUCGACCUCGAUAUUGACACUGGCAGUGACCUCACUUGGGUCCAAUGUGAUGCUCCUUGUACCGGUUGUACCAAGCCCCGUGAAUAUCUUUAUAAACCCAAAAACAACCAUCUGCAAUGUGGAGACCCUCUUUGUGUUGCCUUCCACUCACCAGCAAGCGACCCAUGCAAGACCCCAGAUGAUCAAUGCGACUAUGAGGUUGAAUAUGCUGAUCAAGGAUCAUCUCUUGGUGUGAUGGUCAACGAUUACUUCCCCCUGAAGUUCACCAACGGCUCUCAACUUGGUCCUCGUUUGGCCUUUGGGUGUGGAUAUGAUCAAAAAUAUCCUGGUCCAAACACACCUCCCACCACAGGAGUCAUCGGCCUUGGCAAGGGCAAAGCCAGCAUUGUGUCACAACUAAGUCGCAUGGGUUUAACGCGUAAUGUGGUGGGUCACUGUCUAAGUGGGCAAGGAGGAGGAUUUCUUUUUCUCGGGGAUGAUCUUGUCUCUUUUUCUAGGGUCAUGUGGACACCAAUGUCACGCAAUUCCAUGGAAAAUCACUACUCCUCUGGACCAGCAGAACUUGUAUUCAAUGGAAAGUCUACCGGUGUUAAGGGGCUUUCUCUUGUUUUUGACAGUGGGAGCUCCUACACUUAUUUCAAUUCCCAAGCUUACAAGGCUGUAGUUAAUCUGGUAAGAAAUGAUUUAGAUGGAAAGCCAAUAAAGGAAACAAAUGAGGACAAAUCCCUUCCAAUCUGCUGGAAAGGCCGCAAGCCUUUCAAAUCUGUUGGUGACGCGAAGAACUUUUUCAAGCCCUUAGCACUGAGCUUCAUUAAUGCCAAGAAUGUUCAGCUGCAAUUAUCACCCGAAGAUUAUCUUAUAGUUUCGAAACAUGGCAAUGUGUGCUUCGGGAUUUUGAAUGGCUCUGAAGUAGGACUGGAAAAUUUGAAUAUCAUCGGAGACAUUAUGUUGCUAGAUAAAAUGCUGAUAUAUGACAAUGAAAACCAGCGAAUUGGAUGGGCACCUGCAAAUUGCAAUAGACUUCCCAAGUCCUGAUCCGUUAUCUCAUAAUUUCCUUCUCUCUUUUAUGUAAAUGGUGAGGGUUUUCUCAUCAGAGAACUCUUUUUUUCAGUGUGGAUCGUGAAUACUCUGAAGGUAAUUCUCAGCCCAUUGUAGCUAAUUUGGGUAUCUUGGAACAGCGUUGUCCUGCUUAUGCUUUGUAUGAUCAAUAAGGCGGUAUACAGCGAAGGCUUCAAGACCAAAGACCAAAAUAAAUAAAUAAAUAUAUAUAUAUAAUAUGUAGCAGAUACGUACAACAUUUUGGUUACAGGAGUUUUACAAUAGUUCAUUUGUCUACUACUCUAGCAGAGAGAAGAAAGAAGAAGUUAGUUCUAGUUGUCUUUUGUGAACUUACAAAGUGGGAAAUGUAAGCGGGUAUAUAUACCCUAGUACGUGAUAAUACAUACGUUUGGAUAAAUUCAUGUA